AGAUUUAAAGCUCGACAACCUGUUGUUGGAUAGUGAUGGCUAUGUCAAGAUUGCCGACUUUGGUCUUUGUAAAGAGGGUAUGGGUUUUGGAGACCGAACAAGCACAUUCUGCGGCACCCCUGAAUUUCUUGCUCCAGAAGUACUAACAGAAACCUCAUACACAAGGGCAGUGGAUUGGUGGGGACUUGGUGUCCUUAUCUAUGAAAUGUUGGUUGGUGAGUCGCCAUUUCCUGGGGAUGAUGAAGAGGAAGUGUUUGAUAGCAUUGUAAAUGAUGAAGUACGAUAUCCAAGAUUCUUAUCUACAGAUUCCAUCUCCAUCAUGAGAAGGGUAUGUUUCAAGCAUUGAUUUAAUUUAAGAACAAAAGUUAAGUUUACUUUUACAAA